AUGGCGAGCUUUGGCUACGAACGCAUGACGCCGGUGCAGACGCGGAGUUUUCAUCCUAUCCUGGCGGGCCAGGAACUGUUGGCUCGCGCCAAGACGGGCAGUGGCAAGACGUUGAGUUUCCUUCUGCCGGCCAUAGAGAGGAUCCACCGGCUCCUGGAGGGGCAGCUACAACCAGGUGCUGUGGCCAUGUUGGUCCUGACGCCCGUGCGGGAGCUUUCGAUGCAAGUGGCCAAGGAGGCGGAAAAACUCACGAGUUUCUACCAGAGCUGCCGUAUGGUUUGCAUGACCGGAGGAGUUCCCUGGGAGGAGGACCUUCAAAAUCUCAACGACGCAGGGACGUCGACGGUGCUAUUGAUUGCGACACCAGGGCGGCUGCAAAGUCAUGUGGCCAAGACAGAGUCCUUUGCCGCGCGGCUCAGUGCGGUGCAGAUUUUGGUGCUGGAUGAAGUGGAUCAACUCGCCAGCGACGUCUUUCGCCCUGCCACAUUGGACAUUGUGAAAGCGUUGCCUGCGGCCUCCCAGCGACAAGGGCUCUUCUAUUCAGCGACGCUGUCGGAUGACGUGACAGCGCUGGUGAAGGCCAUCGGUCGCGAGGAGUAUGCCUUUGUGGAUGUGAUACAAUCAGACGACCAUGCGCCAGAUCACAUCGACCAACAUUACACAGUGGUACCAACCGAACGGAUGACGGAAAGUUUGUGGCGUUUCACGCAGGGCGUUGGGCCAGACUUUAAGGCUGUGGCGAUUUUCAUGACCGGCCGCAUCGCUGCAUAUUACGCCGACGCCUUUCGGAAAGCAGGCACCACCCUGGCUGUGUUUGAGAUCCAUGCGAGAAGAAGUCAGAAACAAAGGACGGAGGAAUCAGAGAAGUUCCGCGCCGCCAGCAGUGGGAUCCUCUUCACCUCCGACGUGUCGUCGCGGGGGUUGGACUAUCCAGGCGUCACCCAUGUGGUGCAAAUGGGUGCAGCACAUUCGAGAGCCGAAUACAUCCACCGCUUGGGGCGCACGGGUCGCGCGGGCGCCAACGGACAAGGCUUGCUGCUGCUGCAUGAGUUCGAGCGAGAUUUUUUGGAGAAACUGACCGAUCUAACAUUGACUGAGCUGCCCCUGGAGUCUGUUGAGCUGAAGGACAUGCCUGACUUUCAGCAGAUGCCAAUUGCCAAGAACGUCAAAGCCCAAGCGUACUACUCAAGGAUCAAUCACGUGAUGCGCAACUCCGCCCAUGUGCCGCUGCUGGACGUGAUGCGUGAAGCGCAUCGCUUCGCCCGGUCCAUUGGCGCCACAGAUGAGGAAGGGCGCCCACCAGAGAUCACACUGGAGAAUGCCACCAAGAUGGGCGUGGCGGAGAUCGAUGAUCCCAGCGUUCAUUUGGUCGCCAAAUCGAGCUGA